GUUGAGAAAGUUAAAAUAUUCAAAUUCAUUAAACCGAACUACGAAGUACGACGAAAUUUUGAUUUAUUAUGUAAUUGAAAUUGUGUGUGAAAUACUUAAAACCUUUAAUGUUGUAUUAUAUUAUUUUUUAAUUGAAUCGGAACGCUAUGACUGACAACCAAAACGAAACGCAAUCCAGACUGUAUUUUUACAAUGAACAGCUACAAAAAAUGGUUAAAGAGUUGCCAAGAAAAUAUCAACAACGUAUUCCAAACGAAUUACUUUGCGAGUUGGCUGAAUGUCUUCUUGACGAAACGUUAUAUAGCAUCGUAAAACAACUUACAGAUAUACAACACGUCACUGAAAAACAACUUUUUCAAAAAAGAUUAGAAAUUAUUAAUACACAUUCAGUCAGUAUACAAACUUUAUUAAAAUCGGACAAAGACAAACCUGGUAAAACAGAGAUGCGUCUUCAACUUCAAGCAGACCAUAGAAAAAAUCUCAGAGAAUUUGAUAAAAAAAUAAUUAACGAACUCGACGAAAAACGACGUGAACAACAAAAUAUUUUACAAAUGGCGGGAGUACCGGGGUUUGAAGAAACUGAUGAUCCCAGUCGUAUUCAAGUACAAAUACGGCUCUGUGACUUUAUCAUACGGCUUAGUCAAAUCGACAAAAAGGAAGUGACCGAUAGUUGAUGACAAAUUGAAAAAAAAACAAUGACAAUUUAAAUUAAAAAUUAAUACAAUUUCUCCGAUAUGAGUACUUAUCUGGUUAAAUCAUUUUUUUUAUAAUUAAUUCUACAAUGUACAACUUACCAGUAUUAAUAAAUAAAUUGUAAAUUUGUUUGUUUUGUUAUAGUAAUAAUAAAUAGUUAAAAUUAACUUUUUUUGUUGUAUAGAAUAAAAUUUUUAUUUUACUAAUUUUUUGUGUCGUCGUAACGUUUUCAAUACCAUUUUAUAUACAUAGAAAAUUUCAAUUUUAUGUUAACGAUCUAGUAUCUUUUCGUCUCUAACAUCUAUUAUAAUUAACUAUUAUUCUUUUAUAUAGUUUAUUUUAUAAUUACCCGCUUUUUGAAUUAUUUAUCUGUAUGUAAAUUAAUUAAAUAGUAUACCAUGUCUGUGUGGCAACUAGUCUAAUGAGCCGUCCACUUUAUACUCGUACAUGUAUCAGUUUAACUAUAUUUUUUUUUUAAAUUUAGACCAUACAAAUAUUGUAUUUCUCCAUGUACAACAGCUAUUGACUGAUCUCCUGGGCUUGACGAUGUAAUUCAUUUUUAAAAAAUCGUUAUCUAUAUAAAAUACACAUAUGCCAAAAAUUAUAAUGUU